UGGCCGAUCGCUGGGUCCAGCUGUCGAGAAACCAGCAUGACAAGCCGGAAUCGGGGUGUGCUUGUUGAAUGCCUCUCGACAUCCCACACCAAUUCCUGCCCUCUCUGUCGCGCUCUGCUAGUUCAACUCUACCGUAGGUCUAAUUCUCCAUGAUGUUUCGUUCGUCACUACUCGCGUUCGUCUUCGGCUUCAAUAGCGGCUGCUCAAGAAUUCUCGUGGGGGUAUCAACCCGCGAAUACAUCCGAGCAUGGAUACGACCCGGUCUUCGAAGUCUGCGGCAAGCUGUUAUGAUGGGUUCUACUGCGCGUAUGAUAGCAAGAAUGUGGCUUUCUGCUGCGAGAAGAACACUGAUGUAGGAGACUGCGGAGACCUGUUAAACGAAACACUUAGCAGCACCGAACGCGCCGCACCCAAUACUACUAUCCCCGUAACCGCCAUCUUCACUCCCUUAACCACCGCGUCCGACCAGUCUGUCGUUGUUAGACCCGACCGAACACCGCCCCCUUCCCUCCCAGGCGCCACAAACGGCUACACAAAGAACAUCGACGCUGAAAGGGACAUCUCCACAGCGGUCAGAGUGGGCAUCGGCAUAGGCGCAUUCAUCGGAGCAGCCGUCCUCUUCGCUCUCGCGGCUUUCUGCUUCAUCCACCGCCGCCGCAAAGCGAGAUAUAAAGCGCUUGGGGACACAGAUACAAACGCAGGGGAUAAAGUGCUGGCGGAGCAUCCGGAGCCGUUUCCGUCGCCGAGGUCGCUGUCUCCUGCUCCCGAAGCGUCUGAACCGAUGCGAGGUGACACGGUGGUUUCUCCGGAUCGGAGGUCGAGUGAUGUGGUUUCGCCGGUGCCGCUUCAGCAGUACCCGGAUAAUCUGGGGAUUUAUGGCACGCCUGCAGCGCUUGCCGCGAGGCAUCGUAGUCUGGAGCUUACGCAUCUGCCUUCGCCGAGGACGCGGGCACAUGGAGAGACGGAUACGAAUCUGCAUCUAUGAGGACGAAGCGUAAGGGACAGCGAAAGUGCCUUGCGGUCGACUAUUUCUCUUUCAACUUAGCAACGCCCAUUGCUUUGCAUUGCUGGGCGUUCAAAAGCGGUGGUCCUCGAUCCAUCUCCGCGCUUCCUUUUUCCUAACGAUUCUUAAGAUUGCGAGCUAUGGUCGCCUCAAUAAUAUACUUCUCUUUAUUUCUUUCAAUACUGCCAACUUCUUCCAUUUCCUUUUACUCCGCAAUUCCGCAUCAAGCCGUGUCUCGUUCAUCGCGGGCGCUUCCGAGGAGCGUGCUGACGCGUUACUCGAACCGGUCUAACCGCAUCACCAAGCGUGAAUAU